AUGCAGACUGCUUCUACAGACAUUUGUGAAAGAAUGGGUCGUUUGCAGGAGCUCAGUGAAUUCAAGCAUGGUACCGUGAUAGGUUGCCACCUGUGCAAUAAGUCCACCUGUGAAAUUUUCUUGCUACUAAAUAUUCCACGGUCAACUGUUAGUGGUUUUAUAAAAAAGUGGAAGCAACUGGGAACAACAGAAACUCAGCCAUGAAGUGAGAGGGGUCAGCACAUGCUGAAGCGUACAGUGCACAGAAGUCACCAACUGUCUGCAGAGUCAAUAGCUAAAGACCUCCAAACUUCCUGGUGCCUUCAGAUUAGCACAACAGAGAGCUUCAUGGAAUGGGUUUCCAUGGC